UGAGUGCAUACUUUUUGAUAGGAUGCUACAAGGAAAACCAUGGACUCAAUGAGGCUAUGCUGUGUGUUGGUGGUAUCGGUUGUGAGCCUGGUAAGAUUUCCAGCAUUGGUGGUGGGUGGUCUAAGAUGUGAUUUUCCAGCUAUAUACAACUUUGGAGACUCAAACUCAGACACAGGAGGCAUUUCAGCAGCUUUAUCAGAGAUUCAUACACCCAAUGGUGAAACCUUCUUUGGACACCCUUCAGGAAGGGCUUGUGAUGGUCGACUCAUCAUUGAUUUUAUAGCUAAGGAGCUGAAGUUACCGUACCUGAGUGCAUACUUGGACUCACUAGGUACAAAUUUUAGGCAUGGUGCAAAUUUUGCAACAGGUGGUUCAUCAAUUCGCCCAGGUGGUUAUAGUCCAUUCCAUCUUGGCAUUCAAACAUCCCAGUUCAUACAAUUCAAAUCUCGUACAACUGCUCUAUAUAAUCAACUCAGCCCCAACAGUAGAGAGACCCCACUACUUAAAGCACGGCUCUCAAGGCCUAAGGACUUCUCAAAGGCUAUUUACACAUUUGAUAUUGGACAGAACGAUCUUGGUUUUGGUUUUCAACACACAACAAUAGAAGAAGUUCGACUGUCCAUUCCUAAUAUCUUAAGCCAGUGGUCCCAAGCAGUGCAUCUAUUAUACAAGGAAGGUGCAAGAGUAUUUUGGGUACAUAAUACUGGCCCAAUUGGUUGCUUGCCAUAUACUGUUAUAUACCAAUCAAAGUCAGGUAAUCUGGACCAGAUUGGGUGUGUGAAGCCUCAGAAUGAGGUAGCUCAGGAGUUUAACAGGCAGCUUAAGGACAUGGUGUAUCAGCUGAGGGCACAGCUUCCUAAUGCAGCAUUUACAUAUGUUGAUGUGUAUUCAGCUAAAUAUGCUCUCAUUAGCAAUGCAAAGAAUGAAGGUUUUGUUGAUCCAUUUGAAUUCUGCUGUGGGAGUUUCUAUGGGUACCAUAUUAAUUGUGGGCAGAGAGCCACGGUUAAUGGAACAGUAUAUGGUAACCCAUGCCACAAUCCAUCAAUGCACAUUAGCUGGGAUGGCAUACACUACUCUGAUGCAGCUAACCUAUGGAUUGCAAAGAGAAUUCUCAAUGGUUCCUUAUCUGAUCCACCGGUUUCUAUUGGGGAGGCUUGUUAUCAUCCAAAUAAUUUGUAAGCACAUUGCAGUAUGUUAAUGACAGUUAUUGCUCAAUUUCUUAGAAAUGGUUAGGAGUAAGAUUUUCACAAUCAUAAAUGUUGGUGAUGUUGAACAUGUAGCAUUCAUCAAGUGAGCCGUAUCUCAAUCAUUAUGUCUUUCUGGACAAUCUGGACAUGUUGUGUCAAACGUUUGCUCUUUGAUAACUUGAUGUUGCAAUUAAGAAAACAUUUAAGACUUCAA